UGCGCCUUUACAGUUCCCCGGAUGAAAACAGAGAAGACCAUACCGGUGCAGGUUUGAAAAAAUGGUAGACUGAAAAAUGGAUGUUGCUAUGAAGAAGGAGUCAUUUAUCAAUGACCUCAAACAGUUUGUGGAUGUGUGUCAAGAUGACCUCCACAAUGUUCUCCAGAGAGUAGGAUGGACACCAGAAAAAAUCUUAGAGCAUGGAGAUCGAAGUCUAUGUCCACACGACAGUAAUCAUGUGAUGCCUGCUGCCUCACUGGAGAAACAUACAGCCAUAUGUCCAUUGCUUAAGAAGGGUUAUACCAAGGAAGAAGCAAUACAACAGAGACAAAGCAACAGAUAUUUCUAUGAAGGGAUCGAAGCCAAGGUGCCAACAGUGAAUAUUGAUCAGGAAAUGAUGAAUAAGAUUCUUUGGGAUCAUCACGUAAAGAACCGAUCAAUAUUUUAUGGUCACAAAGAUGAUUGCUUGACCAGAGAUGACCAAGAAGUCCAGUUAACUGCAGCAGAAAGAGCUGCCCUUUAUGAGUAUGUUGUGACAAAAGCAAAAGAGGAGCGAGAAUUUACACCUCUAGAAGAUGAGUUCCUCACCAUGAAUCUAGAGGAAUUUGUCAAGAACAAAAUAUCAGGAAAGGACAAUGCCUCCGACAGUAAACCGUCUAACUACUUAGAAUACAUCAAAUCUGAACGAGACUACAAGCGUCGCCGACAGACAUACAGAGCCAAGAAUGUUUACACGACCAAAAAGUCCUACACUGAGGUGAUCAGAGAUGUAAUAGAAAACCAAACAGAUCUUUUUGCAUCUUUCAUGAAUCUGGGAAGUCAAGAAAAUGAAGAUAAAGAAGACACUUCAAAGGCUCAAAGCCAUGAAAGAACUAGCAUUGAUUUUGGGUCUAAAGAAAUGUCCACAGACAAAAAGAAGAGAUAUUCCUCUUCUAGAGAUAGAUCUCGAGAGAGAAGCGUAGACAGGUCUAAAGAAAGAAAGUUAGCUAGAUCAAGAGAACGAGACAGUCGUCGGUCAAGGAAUUCAGAUCACAGGGUGGGGAGAUCUAGGGAAAGAUUCACAGAACAAUCACUGGAGAGAGAAAGCUCAGGAGAAAUAGGUCUGCGAGAAGAGGAGCAAGCAAAGAGGAGAAAAAGGUCAAAGUCGGUGACAGAAAGCAGUGAAAGUGACUCCAGCAAAAAACACAAAAAACAUCACAAGAAGCAUAAACAUAAACACAAACAUAAGUCAAAAUAGUUCCAUGUUGUGUAGGGUAAGUCACAAUGGAACACAUUAAGUCAACCAAUAAAUAAAUCAAUAAAUGUAUCAUUA